UUUCUCUUCAACUAGUUCAAAGUUCAAACAGCAAAACCACAGCCAAAUCCUCAAAAAAACAAAACCCUAGAAUUCUUAAUUAAUACCCAAAUAUCCACAACCCUCAUUCGGUAUCUUCAUACUGAUACGAGUAUAUCAGAAAAUCUAUCUAUCGAGGUAAGUAAAAAAUUAUCAAUCAAUCAAUGACUCUUGAUUAGGGUAUAGUUUUCCCCCAAUUUAAUUUCAAUCAAUUCUGUAUGUUUUCCAUUAAGUUAUUUUGAUUGUUAUUGAUGGUUUGGGGUUGUGGGUUUUGCUGUAAUGGUGGCUACUGUUAUAAUCUCGUUUUUACAGAACAUAUGGCCAUUUAAGAAACCUAGUAAACCAGAAGAUCUCAGAAUCUCUGAUGAAUUAGUGAAUAAGCUCGCAAUUCCUGAUCAGACGAAACAGUUUGUGUUUGCUAUUAAAGAUCCAAAAUCAGAAUCUGUUAUUUAUAUAUUAGCAGCUCAGAAUUUGUCUCAACAAUCUGGUUUAGAUGCUGAGAUUUUGAUUAAGGAGGUUAAGCCUGAUGCGGUGAUAGCGCAGGUUUCGUACACGGCGCUAACUGAGAUACGAGAAGAAGAGAAGAGUUAUAAUGUGCCUACUUCUUCAUUUGGGGUUAUUAAAGGUUGUUUCUUGAAUAAGAUUAAUAAAGAGAGGUAUGAGAGUUUGGCUGAGAAUCAAGUGUUGAAGGAGAUUUUCGGGAUUGGGUUUAAUGGACAUUUUUUGAGUGCGGAGAAGGCGGCUAAGGAGGUUGGUUCUUUGAUAUAUGUUCUGUAUGAUAAUGAACCAGCUGGUGAUCCUAACCCAUACUUGCCUAGUUGGUUGUUUAAAGGUCCUGUCAUGAGUAUGAAUGUUAGAGAGAUAUUUGGGAGUAUGAUUGGUGGUGGUGGUGGUGAUGGUGAUGUCAAAAGUUGUCAACCUGUAGGUUCGAGCAGUUUGGUACCACAGAAAAUGGGGUCUCUCUGUGCGCUGUCAGGUUCUAAACGGUUGUGUUUAACAAAUGAUUUUUAUUCAAAUAUGGUAAAAUCUGUAGUUUCUAGAUCAGUUUCAAAUUUAAGUAUUGGUUCAGAAGCUAGGUUGGGUGAUGCUCGGCCGAAAUGUGAUUAUCAGGCUCCUUCUUAUGCUCAAACUCUUUAUCCGCUGCUUACCGAUUUGUAUGAUAUAUUUGAUGAUUUACCAUCGAUUGGGAGGGCCUUUGCGUAUGCACAAAAGAUGCUUUACAACGUGGAGAAAGGAGAAACUGUGGAAACCCAGCUAUUAUCUGAAGUCCUUGCAUUUCGGGUUGCUAUAGAGGGAAUGAGAGUUGGAUUGAACAAUGCUGGACGUUGUCCUUCCAAACAAAAGGGAAACCAAAUCUCAUCUGCAAAUGGGUUCUCAGAACUCUCUGGCGAAGAUAAGCUUCAUGCUCUAUUUGCAAAAGCUCUCCAGAGCCAGACGGAGAAGUUCAAAUCUGUAGUUGCAAUAGUGGAUGCUAGUACUUUAGGUGGGUUGAGGAAGCAUUGGAAUACUAUUCUUCCCCCUGAGGUUGAUGAUGCAAUUGAACAUUUCUUCACAGAGCAUGAGGAAAACCCGGCCUCUGAAAAUACGGAGAAAAAGGGUUUAUUAUCCAAAAAACCAGUAGUUGCAGUUGGCGCAGGAGCUACUGCGGUUUUAGGAGCCUCAUCCCUCUCAAAGCUUGUGCCAAUGUCUCCAUUGUUGAAGCUGGCUGCAUACAAAACUGCUGCAAUGAAGUUCACCAUUGCUCAAACUCAGAAGGCUUUGUCAAUCGCCUUCAGCAAAAGCUUGACAGCAUCUAAACUGGUAUUCCAUGGAAUAGGGAGCUCUGGAGCCAAAACGUCGGUCAUGAAGGCAGCAGUUUCUGCUGAGAAAGUGCGGACGGUGGCUCAUAGUGUUAUAACAUAUGCUGAGAAGACCAGUUUUUCGACGAUGCGAACAGUAUUUUAUGAAAUAAUGCGGAAAAGACAAAUCAAACGAGUUGGCUUUGUACCAUGGGCCACAUUUGGGUGUAGCAUUGGUGCUUGCGCAGGUUUGCUAAUUUAUGGAGACGGAAUUGAGUGUGCCGUAGAGUCGGUCCCUGUGGCCACCAGAAUCGCUUCUUUAGGUCGCGGAGUUCAGAAUUUACACGAGGCAUCUCAGGUUGUUGCUAACAACACAAAGAUACGGGAAGCAGUACAAUCCUUGCUGUAUGGUUCAAAGACAGUAAAAGUAAAAGUUAAAGAGAGUUAAGCGUUUAAAACUUACGUCAUGUAUAUAGUGAUUGAAGGUAUUCUUGAAAAGAAAAUAACGAAAUCUUAGUUAGGUGAUCUGUUUGUACAUUCAAGUCUUAUUCUUUAACUCUGUAGACUCUUAAAAUUUUGAGAAUGACAGUUUAAUGUG